AUGGCAACCCAAAAACCUACGGGCAUCACCUUCACAACCUCAAUCCAACCCCCUCCAGGCCCAACAAGCAACCUGGUCCUCCCAAAUGACCCGUCCGCAUCCCUGACCCACCCCCCAAUCUUCAACGAUGCAAUGAAAGUGCGCGUCCGCGUCUUCGUCGACGAACAACACUGCUCCGCAGACGCGGAGAUUGACGCAGACGAUGCCCGAAGUUGGCAAUGGGUGAUAUACGCCUCGUCUCCCUCAGAAAACACUACUACAUCCACAUCCACAGCAACAUCUACCCCCGUGGCAGUGAUCCGUCUCGUCCCCCCACCACAGCCACCCCACGAACUCCUCACACACCCGACAAAUACAAACACAACCCUCCCCGCCUACGACUGGUCACACGAACCCUGCAUAAAACUCACUCGCGUGGCCGUGUUACCCGAAUACCGCGGUUUCGGACUCGGUAGACGUCUUGUCGAGACAGCGUUGGAAUGGGCUACAGAACACGCAGGGGAAAUUGAUGCUGCGGCGGGGGAAUUAGCUCGUCAGCUCUCCUCGCAGAAGCUACAGGACAAAGACGAGGGUCAGAACUCGGAGGGGGGUUUAGAGGCGUGGCGGGGUUUAGUGCUGGUGCAUGCACAGGUGGAUGUGGAGCGGAUGUAUAGUGGACUUGGAUUUGUGCGGGAUGAGGGGUUGGGACGGUGGGAUGAAGAGGGGAUUGAGCAUGUGGGGAUGUUUAGGAGGGUGGAAGUGCGGUGA